UAGCCAAAGCAUAAAGUAAAAUCAGCGUAGAAUAUGCUUUGCGCUGUUACGCAGAUUAUCCUUUCCUUUUUUUUCUAGCUCUUGUUUCAGUUCCUUCCUUCUUAUCAAUUCCUUCCUAAAUUCUCUCAUUAAUUUUCUCCAAAAAAACAACCACUUUUUCAACCGAUCCUAAUCCUUUGCUUAAAACCCUCACUCACCAACUUCUUCAGCGUUUUCCGAUAUUUCCACUAGAAACAACGAAAACGAAAGAAUUGGCAUGGAGUUUUUAACCGUGGUGGAUGAUUUUUUUGUCACGGCGUCUCUGGCUCUUCUUCUCACUUUCAUCGUCUUGAAGCUCGUCGAGGCCGUCAACGACAUUCACGCCACACCAAAACGUCACCUCCCUCCCCAACCGCUCUCUCCGCUUUCUCAUGCCGAACGCUUUAUGGUUCAGCGCGCUCAAAGCAAGACCAAGGUCCGUUUUAUUAGUCCGGUUCACUCUGUAACCGAAUACAAGAUACAAAACCCCACGGUCGAACCGGUUCCUCACGGGAAACUGUUCUCUGCUCAGCCGGCUCAAAUUAAGAGUGUAGAAAUCGAAUGUGAAGAAGCUACGAUCGAACCGGUUCCACCGGUUCAGCCCGCUGAAAGCAAGGACACGAUCUGUUGUAUUGGUCCGGUUCAAGCUGCCACGUCAUCAGACAUUGAGCGCAAGAUAGAAGAGGCUGUGGUGGAAUUCGAUUCCAACGUUGUUCUCGAGUCACUGGUAAAAUCACAAACAGACAUUGCUGUUAUAGAGGAAAUAGCAGAGGCUAAUGAGGGAACAACACGAGAGUUUGACGAGAAGAGGGACGUGGAAAAUGUUGAAGACCCUUCCACUGAAAUUGAAGUUUCUGCUGUAGAAAACGGCGUGAAAGAGAAUGAUUACAAUGAUGAUGAUGAUGAUGAUUGGGAAGGGAUUGAGAGGAGCGAGUUGGAGAAAGAGUUUAUGGCAGCUACGGAAUUUGUUACUAACGAGGGUGAUCGAUUGGAGAGUGUUGGAAGCAACGUGAAAAUGGAUUUGUAUGGGCUUCACAAGGUUGCCACGGAAGGGCCUUGCCGUGAACCUCAGCCAAUGCCUCUCAAGCUCUCUGCACGUGCCAAGUGGAAUGCUUGGCAAAAGCUGGGGAACAUGAAUCCAGAGGUUGCAAUGGAGCAGUAUAUCAGCCUUCUUUCGAACAAAUUUCCUGAAUGGAUGAAAGAUACUUCAACUGGAAUUAGUGGUCAUGAACACACAAAGCCUGAAGUUUCUGAGUCCGCUGCUUCUGAUCUGAGAACAACUUGGUCUCAUCAGCAACUGAUCUUAGCUAAUAGGGAACUUGAACAAGAGUCUUAUUCCGAGGAGCGUAGCCCACUUGCAGAGUCAGAUUUAAAUAACAAUGUUAACAAAUGACAGGAUUUCUCUGCUAAUUUCUCUCCAAAGAAGACUGAUUCCAACUGUCUAAGUUUGUUUCCAAGUACGAGAGAUUCUUGGGUUGUUUGUUUUCUCCUUUGGACCUUAAAUUAUUUGUUGAUCAUGAUUGUUCUUUAAUAUCAAGUUGUUAAUAUAUUUUUUGUACAUAAAUAAAUGUGUGUAUAGGAUAAUGUACGCAUACUUCUGGUUGUUAAUAACUAAUUUAUUGAUAUAUAAUGGCAUUGAUAA